AGUUUCCUCUACGCUCGUGAUCUACAUUACUACGAGUCAUCAUCUGCUACUAGCUCCGUCCUCACAUCCGCACAGAAAGAAUACACAAAGGUAUACGCUACUACGUACUGCAUAACGUCGACCAGGAUGAGGUCUUUUCCGCACGUCCGGUCUCCUUGGCGCAUACGUCACAACGGUCAUGCAGUUGAACCCAGGGUUCAACUUCAACCGUAUAUCCGAUGGACAAGAGACAAUAGACAGGGGGGUCAAGGGCAUGAGGAUACAGGAACAGACCAAUUAAGCAUCACGUCCUUCCCCGAAGGGUAUAUCCGUGGAGGGUCCGUAACCACGUGCCGGAUUGAACUGGGACAAUCGUUUCGGCCGGAUCCUUCAAAGGAAGAUGAUCAUACGGUAUGCCUCUCCCAGGGUCGAACAUACCCAGUUACUGUGUCUCCUAGACUAUUACUGCGCCCAACCCCACGCCAGCUAGCGAGCCAGCCAGCCAGCCAUUCAGAUCCUGGCUGCAACCGCAGCGCGCGUUAUACCGCUCAGGGGAUUAGGAUGGCCGUUACCAAUCUGCUAUCCGUGCACGUUCAUCCCUAAACGUCCGACUCGGCAAGACAUGGGCUCUAACCGC